GACCUACGGAUUACUGCUUCAAAAGCGCAUCGACAAGUCACCCAUAAUUUAACACCAAUCAGCUAGCGCCCGGCAUCGCGAACCCCGCACCCUCCCGAACCAACACCAUGGUGACGCUGCAAGCCGUGCGCUCGCACAACAGCGCGCUGAAGACGGGCGCGGCAGCGGGGCUCGUCGGCGUGUUUGUGGGCGCGACUCGGGGGAUAGGCUUGAAGACGCUGUCGGAGCUGGUCAAGGGGCUCGAGGCGCCGCGCUUCUACGUCGUGGGGCGGUCGCGGGCGAAGUUUGCGGCGGAGCUGGAGAAGCUCCAGACGCUGAAUCCGGGGGCGACGGUGCGGUUUAUUGAGGCGCAGGUUUCGCUGUUGCGGGAUGUGGAUGCCGUGUGUGAGGAGGUUAAGAAGGAGGAGGGUCACCUCGAUUUGUUGGUUAUGAGCCAGGGCGCGCUGCCUACGGGCGUGCCGAAGGCCACGGAAGAAGGCAUCGACGAAUGCCUCGCCGUAUGCUACUACUCGCGGAUGCGGUUCCUGUCCAACCUCCUGCCGCUGCUGCAGCGCAGCGCGCGCCCGCGCGUCGUGAGCGUACUAGCCGGAGGCCAAGAAAAAGCGCUGUUCCUCUCGGACCCGGAGCUGCGGUCGCACUACAGCUUCCAAAACGUGCUGGACCAGGCGACCGCGAUGCACACGCUGGCGUUGGAGCACCUGGCGCAGACCGCGCCGCACGUGAGCUUCCUGCACGUCUUCCCCGGCCUCGUCGCGACGGACAUCAUGCCCAACUUCAUCGACGCGAAGCCCGGGCUGCUGGGCGCGGUGCUGCGCGCGCUCAAGUGGGCGAUUCUGCCGCUGUUCCGGCUGCUGGCGUUUUCGGCGGAGGAGUCGGGGCAGCGCCAGGCCUUCCAUGCGACGAGCGAGCUGUAUCCGUCGGCCGAGGAGAUCCAGGCUGGCACGGCGGUCGCGGAGGCUAUGCAGUCCACCCUGAAGGGGAAUGGCGUGUAUCUUGUGCGGGAGAAGGGCGAGACGGUCACGAAGGAGCGGGUGUUGGAGGCGUGGAGGGCGCAGGGCGCCCCGGCUAAGGUGUGGGAUCAUACUGUGGGCGUGUUUGAGAGGGCGGGGCGUUAGUGUUGGGAGUGUGGGCUUGUCGUGUGCUGGGUUGGUGCGGGUGGGUUGUUAUGUUACUCUCUACUCUCAGGUUUCUGCUUCUUUGGCAGCUUGUAUUACUUUUUCGAGGAAAUUACACUCAAUUAACCGCCGUCACGUUGUCGAUUUCCGUUCAAACAUGCGGAUUCCUCUACCUCUUAGUGAAGCACUCAUCAUUACUAUUGUAUAUGAGCUAGUGGAAUUUGAUACAACC